GGGGGAUCGUUGAACGUGGGGACAGCUGAUUAGUGGCUUGGCUGCCGUCACCACAUCUGGCACGCGUGGUCACGUCAACCUGACCGAAGAACACCAUCCACACACGCGAGGCGAGGUAAUCAACUUACUGUUGCUACACAUCUGCUAUAUCGCCAGCUAUACUAUACUAUACACGUACGGACGAACGAAAGAAAGGGGUUACAGCGAUCAUGCCACCUAGGAAGAUGACCGGGUCUGCUCCCACGGCCACGCCGCGCCGCCAGUCUGCACGAACGAAGGCCCCGGUUAAGAAGAGUCCCUAUUUCGAGCAUCCAUCCGAGGAUGAGGACGAAGGCCACAAAGAGGAGAGCGACACAGCAUCUGAUUUCGAAGCGGAAUCAGAGCCAGAUGAUGCUGUACAUGAAGAUGAAGUGGAGGCGUCGGAGGGGAGAGAAGAAGAAGCGGACGAGGAUGAGGAAGAAGAGAAAGCUGCAAAGCCGGCCAGAAAACGGACGCUCUCGACCGCAGCGAUAUCCCAGCCAAGAGUCGUCAAGAAGAAAAAGGCCAGCACUGGCGAGGUGUUCAUUCCGCACCAGCGAGCGCCCAGUCCGGGGGACAUCGAAUACGCGGACGAUCAAAUCCACCCAAACACGUUGCGCUUUCUGUCAGAUCUUACGGAAAAUAAUAAUCGUAGCUGGCUGCAUGGACAUGAUGCCGUAUAUCGAGCGGGAAAGGCAGACUUCGACAAGUUCGUCGACAGUAUGACAGCAGCUAUGCCAGAGCGUGUUGACGACACAAUCCCGGAGCUUCCCGUCAAGGAUCUAGUGUUCCGGAUCCACAGAGACAUCAGGUUCAGCAAUGAUCAGACCCCGUAUAAGACAUAUUUCUCGGCAGCCUGGUCACGAACCGGAAGGAAGGGCCCGUAUGCUUGCUACUAUCUGCAAAUCAAGCCUGGAGAAACAAUUGCAGCUGGCGGGCUCUGGCAUCCAGAAGCACAGGCAUUGGGUCUCAUUCGACGCAGCAUCGACAAGCAUCCUGAGCGUCUCAAAAGAGUCCUGACAGGCGAAGGAUUUGCCACGGAGUUCUUCGGAAAGUCCAAGAGAAAUGAGAAGAACAUGGUCAAAUCAUUUGUCGCGGCGAACGCAGCGUAUGCAUUGAAAACUGCACCUAAGAAUUAUCCAAAGGAUCACAAGGACAUCGCACUCCUCCGUCUGAAGAGUUUCACUGUCAGCAAGACGCUGGACGAUAAAGAUGUGCUCUCGCCAGAGUUCCUGAACCGAGUGUUGGAUAUGUUCAAAAACAUGGAGCCAUUGAUCACAUAUCUCAACCGUGUCAUCAAGCCUGACGCCGGGGACAACGACGACGACGACAGUGACGACGAUGAGGAUGCCGACGGUGAGGACGACGAAGAGGACGCCGAAGGUGAGGACGACGACGCCGUCGAGGAGUAGAGUAGUCUCCGUCGGGAUCGGAUCGGGGACCAAGCCUAGGUAGGCGGAGAUCUAGAUAGAUAGACGUACUCGAUGUAGAAUGGAGCACGGCGGGUAAAGCGGUGGCAUGGCAUGGCAUGGCAUGGGGUGGGGUGGGGCCCGGGGGGAUGAACAUGGUUACGGGUCUCGCUCGAAGUACGGGA